AUGACCUACCGGAUUAAGUGGUUGGUGAACUCAUUCUCUAUUUUAAAUGCUGGAGAACUUGAGGAAAAUUUCGCAAAAAAAGGACUUUCUUUAGAUGAAAUGGUUACACUUUCGGGUGCACAUUCUAUUGGAAGAUCACAUUGUUCUUCAUUUUCCGAUAGACUUUACUCUUUCAAUUCAACUCAUCCGCAAGAUCCUACAAUGGAUCCUAGAUUAGCCCAACAAUUGAUGAAAAGAUGUCCGCGUCCUUCUAUCACCGAUCUAAUUGCUCCACUUGAUGUUGAUACUCCAAAUAGGUUGGACAAUAAGUACUAUCUCAAUUUGAAGAACAAUAGAGGACUGUUAACCUCAGAUCAGACGCUAUGGAACAGUCCUUCAACUGCUAGGAUGGCGAGGAGUAAUGCGAUUCAUGGUGAAAAUUGGGCUCAUAAAUUUGCAGAUGCAAUGGUGAAAAUGGGAUCCAUAGAGGUUAUGACUGGGAUGCAAGGAGAGAUUAGGAAGAACUGUAGGGUUGUGAAUUAA